UCAAGUGCACGUUUCUUGUGUCUCGUAGGUUAUGUUAUCAUUAACAAGACAAAAAUACAUCUUGUGAUUAUUAUUUCUACGGAUUACUAACAUUGGCUCAAGUAUAUUUAACUGGUUUUCAGAAUUUUUGUUAAACCACUUCUUUAACCAAAAAGUCAUAAUGACUGAUUUUAUUGUCAAUGACAGCGAGUCGGAUUUAGAUUCAGAUGAAGAGUUACAAGAAGCAUUCGCGAAGGGUCUAAUAAAACCGGGUCUCAACGAAGAAAUAGAAAAGAUUGAAAAGAAAUACACUAAUAACGUUGCGGACUUAAAAGUCAAGUUAACCGAGAUAAAAUUAAAUCUGCCAUGGGUGGAGAAGCUGGAUCUGGUUACAACAAUCGCGCCUCUGGCUCCAGACGUUGCGUUACAAAUGCAAGAAACAGCACAGAGAAGGAAGAAUCUGAAAGAAAAUAGUAAGGGUAAUAUUCAGUAUGAUCCUACUCAAGAUCCAGUAUUGAAUGAGUUUAAGCGUGAGAAUUUAAUCCAUCGACAGGCACAAGCUGCUGUAGUAGAAGGACUUAAAAAGCUCAAAGAACUUGGUAUUGCCACUAGAAGACCUGAUGAUUAUUUUGCUGAAAUGGCUAAGACAGAUGAGCACAUGCAGAAAGUACGUAAGAAUUUGAUGGCCAAGCAAGCAGCACAGUCGCGCGUCGAGAAAGUUCGACAAUUAAGAGAACAGAAGAAGAUUGCUAAGAGAGUACAGAUUGACACGAAAUUGAAACAAGCUGCUGAAAAGAAGCAGAUGUUGGAACAAUUGAAACGUGUGAGGAAAGGAAAAGCCUCAGAUUUAGACUUUUUGGACGACAAAAAAGGCAAAAAUAGCAAAGGAAAAGGAGUCCAGGAUAAAAUAUCCAAGAAAAGGGAUCUCAAAAACAAAAAGUUUGGUUUCGGUGGUAAAAAGAAAGGGUCCAAAUUGAAUACAAGAGAAUCUACUCACAAUAUGGACGGUUUUAACAACGCCUCCAAAAAAUCGGUUAAUUUCAAAAAUAAAACUUUCAAUACGAAGAAGAAAAACCAAAGGCCAGGCAAAUCUAAACGAAAAAAUAAGCGAUAGUGACAAUAUAUUUUAAGUCUAUUUUUAAUAAAUCAUAUAAGUGAA